GUGUGUGCAAAAGCUCGGUUUCGGCGAUACCUAUAGGCAAUACUGCCUGCGUUUACACCCAGGGAGAGCAAAGCGUGGACCUGCAAAUGGCAAGUGUUAAGGAGGAGCUGCAAAGGCUACAGCCCACCGGGGAGCGAUGGACCGAGGGACGCGCACGGCAGGCACAAACGGCACUGACACAAGCCGGGCUGCGGAGCCGGAGGCAGCAGGCGCCGCCGCGCUCUGCCCAGUCCCCUCCCCCGGUGCCGCCGUGGGGUGGGACUCCCCGGCGGGCCGCUGCCUCCCGUCCUGCUCCCCCCACCCCCCCGCUGCUGCCCGGCGCCGGGGGUCGGUGCUGGGGCGGGCGUGCCGGGGGCGGCCGGGCUCCGCCACCCGACGGCGCGUCCCGGACGCUGCCCCGCAGCCGGCGGGCAGCGGCACCCCCGGGGGACGAUGCCCCGGCUCGGAGGGGGCUGGCCGGCGGCGCCGCGCCUCGUCCCGGCCGCCGCCGUCCUCCUGGGCGCCCUCUGCCUACCCGGGGCGCUGGCCUCCUCCUUGCUCACAGAAGUAUCCUGCUUUGCAUGGAGUACUCAUUAUUCUCCACACGUCAUCUGAGAAGAGAAAAAAACGUCCUUCUCUGCUACAACUGGGGCACAAAGAAAGUCUAGGAUCCGUUGCAAAAUGUGAAAAUGAAGGGGAAAUUCUGCAGAUACCAUUUAUCACAGACAACCCUUGUAUAAUGUGUGUUUGCCUGAAUAAGGAAGUGACAUGCAAAAGGGAGAAGUGUCCGAUGCUCUCCAAGGACUGUGCUCUCGUCAUUAAGCAGAGAGGAGCUUGCUGUGAGCGUUGCAAAGAUUGCAGUUUUGGAGGAAAUACGUACAACAGCUCUAUGAAAUGGCACCUCCCUAGCAAUCCCUGUGUUACAUACCAGUGCCAGGAAGGAGUGAUAGUAGAGUCGGAGGUACAGUGUGUUGUUCAUUGCAAAAACCCUUCCAAAUUCAUGGGGAUGUGUUGUCCUGUGUGCCCAGGUUGUAUAUUUGAAGGGAGACAUUACAAUGAAGGAGAAGAAUUUAGGCCUGAAGGAAACAAAUGUACCAAGUGCUCUUGUAUUGGUGGCAGGACACAGUGCAUCCAAGAAGUCUGCCCCAUUCUCUCAUGUCCCCAGCACCUCAGUCACAUUCCUGCUGGACAGUGUUGCCCCAAAUGCUUAGGACAGAGGAAAGUGUUUGACCUCCCAUUUGGAAGCUGCCUUUUUCACAGCAACGUGUAUGAUAACGGGUCCUCAUUUAUUUAUGAUAACUGCACAAUGUGUACGUGCAAGGAUUCAACAGUGAUAUGUAAGAAAAGGUGCUUACUUCCUGGUGAAUGCAAUAAAAAUAAAGACCAGUGCUGCAAGGAGUGUGUCUCAUAUAUCUCUCCUGAGGAAGUGAAAGUGUGCAAAUUUGGCAAUAAGAUCUUCCAGGAUGGAGAGAUGUGGUCUUCUGUGAACUGCACCAUCUGUGCUUGUGUGAAAGGCAAGACGGAGUGUCGCAAGAAACAGUGCAUUCCAGUCAGCAGCUGUCCUCAUGGUAAAAUCCUGAACAGAAAAGGAUGCUGUCCUAUUUGCACUGAAAAGCCUGGAGUUUGCACUGUAUUUGGAGAUCCUCACUACAACACUUUUGAUGGACGGACAUUUAACUUUCAGGGAACAUGUCAGUACGUUUUGACAAAAGACUGCUCCUCCUCUGCCUCGCCCUUUCAGGUGCUGGUAAAAAACGAUGCCCGUCGGACACGUUCUUUCUCCUGGACAAAGUCAGUGGACCUUGUGUUGGGCAGAAGCACUAUCAGCCUCCAGCAGCACCUCACAGUGAAGUGGAAUGGGACCCGCAUCUCACUACCUUGCGAGACACCGCAAUUUCAGAUCGAUUUGGAUGGUUAUUUGCUGAAAGUGACAACCAAAGCAGGUUUGGAAAUCUCAUGGGAUGGAGACAGUUUUGUGGAAGUCAUGGCUGCGCCACAUCUGAAAGGCAAACUCUGUGGUCUGUGUGGCAAUUACAAUGGGCACAAGCGAGAUGACCUGAUUGGAGGGGACGGGAACUUUAAGUUUGACGUGGAUGACUUUGCCGAAUCCUGGCGCGUGGAGUCCAACGAGUUCUGCAGCCGCCCGCAGAGAAAACCUGUGCCCGAGCUCUGUCAUGGGACGGUGAGGGUGAAACUCCGAGCUCACCGGGAAUGCCAGAAACUCAAAGCGUGGGAGUUUCAGAGCUGUCAUUCAACAGUGGAUUAUACCACAUUUUACCGGUCCUGUGUGACAGAUAUGUGCGAGUGUCCGGUCCAUAAAAACUGCUACUGCGAGUCAUUCCUGGCGUACGCCCGAGCCUGUCAGAGGGAAGGAUUGAAAGUCCAGUGGGUACCGGAGCAGAACUGUGCAGCAACCCAGUGUAAACAUGGUGCAGUUUAUGAUACCUGUGGUCCAGGAUGUGUCAAAACAUGUGACAACUGGAAUGAGAUUGGCCCAUGCAACAAGCCCUGCGUUGCAGGCUGCCACUGUCCGGCAAAUUUAGUUCUUCACAAAGGAAGAUGCAUCAAGCCAGUCCUGUGUCCACAGCGAUGACAUCAGUUCUCUUUCUGCAAACUCUAAUGCGGGUGGUCACAGACCCCUUUGAUGCUCACAGCCAGUGAAGGACUCCAGCUCUUUGUGUGCGGAUUCUGCAAAGUACACGUCUACUCACAGAGUGUAAAUAUGCUCCUGUGUGUGUAUUUAUGUGUGUUUAUGUAUACACACUUGGCACCUAGAAAGAUAUAUAAAUGUGUGCUGUGUGUAUGUAGAUACACAUAUCUAUACACAAGUGUCCUAAACGUAAGUAUAACCCAUAUAUUUAUAUAUAUGUCCACACACACAAAUAUACAUCAUUUCUAUAUAUCAUAGAAGGAUGAAUUAUUAUAUGUAUAUUUUUUGCUAUAAAGUUUAUGUAUUAUUAUUUCUAGGACCCUGAUCUGUAAGUCAUUGUAUAAAUAAACCAGGUGUUUUUAAUAUAAUAUAGUGGCAUGAAAAGAUUGGAUGACUUUGCCAUUGCAUAAGUUUGUUGUUUCCAGGGAAACUUUUCUAGGGCCAUAGCACUGCCAGACUGGAUUAGUUUCAACACAGAACCUGGAUUUACAGUUGUACAGGAAACACAUUUCUCUGGAGAUGGAGGAUUUAUCUAGGAAUAUUUCAUGCGUACCUUAGAGCUGCGUAGUGAUUGGUGACAGUGCUUAAUCAGGCAGAGAAAGCUGGGGAUCGGCUUUUAUGCUUUACUGAAAUAACUGUGCAAAAAGAUUUCCAAAGCUGGUUGGCCAACUGCCAGCAAAGAGAUAUUUCUUUCUGGAACGGCACCAAAGAGUCAGGGGCCAGAUUUUCAAAAGUGUUUGGCACCCAGCAGCUUGCUUUGAAAAUUUGACCACUUCCCAUUUCAUAUCCUAAUGCCCCGUCUCUGUUGUUGUGUUUGGCAGUAGCUGUGAAUACACAAUAAGGAGCUUGAAGAAAAUAUUCAUGUACAUAUUAGCCCCUUUAACUUGUUUGAAACUGCUGGGUUUGUUUCAUAUUUCCCCCAAAUAUUAUGCAGAAAGCAAAUCCCACUGUGAAUUGGUGUGUUUGAUUUCAGUGUGCCUUAAAACAUGAAAUAAUGCCGGGUUUAGUAACUCAUUUAAUUUAUCAGCAUGGUUUAGAAGAAAGACAAAUUCACCCUACCAAAAAACUAGUAAAGAAUGUCAAAUGCUAAUUGGAGAACUGCAAUUUAUUUCCUUACUGGUCUUUUGCUUGAGGUUUAUGAACAUGUGGGCUCUGUGAAGUUUGCAUGACUUUUGAAGUCUCCCAGGGGAGAAGCAAUAAUAUGGGAUUUCAUUAGAAACUGUUAAAAAAGCCAUACAACUUUCUCAAGCCUGAAGGGAGGGGGGGGCCUAUUUUUCUUCCACUGGAAAACGUCUUGUAGAGCCUGAUGGAACGGUCUCUGGAGAUGAUAGAAAUCUUUGGGCAUCUGAUUUAGUUUUAUAAUGAAGUAAUAUCCUCCCACACAGCUACUUCCAUUAUGCCUUGCAUUGAAAUUGCACAUUGUACUACUUUGAACAAUUUUCUCCUUUAAUUCUUCACUCUCCAGGAAGUUUCACAGGGUCUGAGUUUGCAGUAAGUGGGUGCAACACCCUUGGCUUAUCCAACCUGUCUGCGAUCCCAGCCUGUAGGAAGAUGCUGAGUGAGCCUGGUUAGCUUAGGCACCACACUAUCCAAAAUGCUGCACCACCAGUGUUAAAAAGAGCUGGGCAAAUAAUGCCAGGAGCAUUCCACAGAAGUUUGUCCAAAUCUUAAAUAAACUCAACUUGAUAUUUUUAUGUCCCCUUUGUGUUCAUUUUCUCGGAACAAUCAAAUAAUUCAGUUUUACUGGCAAAGAGCGUUUCGAAGCUGCAUACACAAGUGCACUGGGAAGCAGAAUUGCAAAUGUGCAGAUCCCAUCAGAGCAGGAAACUAGAAGAGUUUUAUGUGGCUCAUGUGAUAAUUGAAUGGCAAAGCUGAAAUUUAGGACAAUUGCAAUUGGUCCAAGGAGUUAAAACAUAAAAUGGCAGUCAUUAAAAUAAUUUAAAGCAUCAGUUAGACUGAAGAACAUUUCAUCCUGUGAGCUUUCAAUGCUGAGAUACAGGCUCUAAACCAUUAAAAAGGUUAUUUGCCCAGCUCUAGUUUAGGAUAGAUUUUCAUUACUGAUAGGUUUUCAUUACUUACUGCUCAGUGUUUCUAAAAUAAAAAUACAAAGUGAAUUGCGUACAUGAAUGGUGUAUAGAACUGUCCUUCCCUUUUCUUCUCCUGACUGACGAAGGUGAGUGAAAGGUGAAGGGAGAGCCCUCCGGCUCUCUCAGUCCACUGAUCUCAUUCAAGCAACGCUUAAUUAAUGCCAGGUGAAGAGGUGACUCAAUCUAUCUGUAGGAUGAACUCUAUUUUUAAAUCUUAAAUGGUUCAGUUUGAAACCUGACCCACAGGUCAUCUCAAAGUGAGGACUCAUUCCUCGGUCUAGCUUUUUCACAUCUGUCUAAUUAAGGGUAGCCUCCUACUUUUUGCUUUAGUGAUGUAGACUGAGGCAGAGAGGAAAGUGGUUUUACCUCUAAGCUGUCUGAUUGUGCCCUCAUGGUGCUGCAGAGCUUUUUCCUCUAAACUCCGCAGUUUUCAGGGCAACAGUAAGGGCUAUCAUCUGCUCAGUUCACAUGUAUAGUCUAAGGUAAAGGAGUUCUGCUUUUCUAGAAAUUGCCCCCAAGUUUCAACUUGACACGGGGUUUAUAUUCGUAUCUGUAGUUACCCUGUGCCGAACUGAGCUAUUCAGACCAGAUCAAUCCCAGCUGGGGCCAUCUCACUCCACUCUCCUGUUUGCCUCUCUUCUUCCAGAUUGUUCAAAAGUUGCCCAAUAACAUCAGUAACAGGACUACCACUGGCCUCAUAGAGUUUGGGUUGCAGCCCAUCUUCCUCCUUAGUGUGGGAUUCUUUCUAAUUCUGCUGUCUUGCCUCAUGAAAUAUUACCCCUCAGAUGCUAGAUCUGGAAAAUUCCUGCAUAUUGCUAGGGAUUUGUUUUUGACAAAAUUAACUGAUCCAUUUGAAGUAUGCUAAAUGUGUUUAGUAUGCAAUAAUGUGUUUUUAAUAAUAGCAUAAGGUUGAUAAUCCAUAUGGUAUAUUCACCACACAAAACUGAUGGUUGUGUAAGUUUUGGUCUUGAUUAUGCUUAUGUCAAUCUGCGCAUAUAACUUUGUGCCAAUUGGUAAGGUGAAAUAUAUUUGAAGGAGCAGAGGUUCCAACCAAAGAAUGAUCCAAAAGGAAAGUCUGAGAAACAUCUCUGUAAUCCAAUGGAUGGAAUCAAGGAAAGACCUGGAUCAAUAGCUUCACCAUUAACCUGCUAUGUGUUCCCUGGCAAGUCAUUUAAUAUUCGGUACUUCAUUGGGGAAAUGAGGCUCUGGGGUUAUACAUCUUUUUUAAGUUUAUGAAUAGAAAAUGUUCUAAAAUGCCAUUCAUCACCAGGGGAAUGUCAGCUGGUAUUUUACGAAUCUGCACAGGUCUGCUUUGUAUCAGGUUGUCCCGUAUCUCUCAUAUCAUCACUUCAAAGUCAGCUUUUAGUUGGCAUACAUGGAGGUCAAAUACAUUUAAUUCCUCCUCAUUUACUUUCAA